CAUUUUCACAUUACCGGCAUUUCAGCACCACUGCCGGUCGGAUUUUUUAGUCGGCGGUUAAGCCACAGUGUAGGGUAUUUAUCUUUUUUAUUUAUACACACCGUUUACAAAAUGCCUGGAUAUUCCGACAGAGACCGUGGCAGGGAUAGAGACAGAGGCUAUGGCAGUGGUCCUCCGCGCUUUGGUGGCAACCGUGGAGGAGGUGGAGGAAAGUUCGGCAAUCCUGGCGAUCGGCUGCGGAAGAAACACUGGAACCUGGACGAGCUCCCGAAGUUUGAGAAAAACUUCUAUCAGCAGCACCCCGACGUUGCGCGGAGGUCACCGCAAGAAGUUGAACAAUACAGGAGGGCCAAAACAAUUACAGUGAAGGGGAGAGAGUGCCCAAAUCCCAUCGCCAAGUUCCAUGAGGCCAGCUUUCCAUCUUAUGUGAUGGAUGUGAUCAACAAACAAAACUGGACUGAACCAACACCCAUCCAGGCUCAGGGAUGGCCUCUGGCUCUUAGUGGCAUGGAUAUGGUUGGCAUCGCUCAGACUGGCUCUGGCAAAACGCUUUCUUAUCUGUUGCCUGCGAUUGUGCACAUCAACCACCAGCCUUUCCUGGAACGUGGAGAUGGUCCCAUUUGCUUGGUGUUGGCCCCGACCCGUGAGCUGGCUCAGCAGGUGCAACAGGUGGCUGCAGAAUACGGCAGAGCUUCUCGCCUCAAGUCCACUUGUAUCUACGGAGGAGCACCCAAAGGACCACAGAUCCGUGACCUGGAAAGAGGUGUGGAGAUCUGCAUCGCCACUCCAGGUAGACUCAUUGAUUUCCUGGAGGCAGGAAAGACGAAUCUCCGUCGAUGCACUUACCUUGUGCUGGAUGAGGCUGACAGAAUGCUGGACAUGGGUUUUGAGCCACAGAUCCGGAAAAUUGUGGACCAAAUCAGACCUGACCGUCAGACUCUGAUGUGGAGUGCCACUUGGCCAAAAGAGGUUCGCCAGCUGGCAGAGGACUUCCUGAAGGAGUACGUCCAGAUCAACGUUGGGGCACUGCAGCUCAGUGCCAACCACAACAUCCUGCAGAUAGUGGAUGUCUGCAAUGAUGGAGAGAAGGAGAACAAACUGAUCCGUCUGCUUGAGGAAAUCAUGAGUGAGAAAGAGAACAAGACCAUCAUCUUUGUAGAGACAAAGAGGCGGUGUGAUGACCUCACCAGGAGGAUGAGAAGGGAUGGGUGGCCAGCAAUGGGAAUCCAUGGGGAUAAAAGCCAGCAGGAAAGAGACUGGGUUCUCAAUGAGUUCAAAUAUGGAAAGGCCCCAAUUCUCAUUGCCACAGAUGUUGCCUCCAGAGGUCUAGAUGUUGAAGACGUGAAAUUUGUCAUCAACUUUGACUACCCGAACAACUCAGAGGACUAUAUCCACCGCAUUGGCAGAACAGCUCGUAGCCAAAAGACAGGCACAGCUUAUACCUUCUUCACCCCAAACAACAUGAGGCAGGCCAGCGACCUCAUCUCUGUGCUUCGUGAGGCCAACCAGGCCAUCAACCCCAAGCUCCUCCAGAUGGCUGAAGACAGAGGAGGUCGUUCAAGGGGAGGCAGAGGUGGUGAUUAUAGAGAUGACCGCCGAGAUAGGUAUUCAUCUGGAAGGCGUGACUUUGGUGGUUUUAGGGACAGGGAUAAUGGUAGAGGGUUUGACAACGGACCAAAUAAAGCCUUUGGCACAAAUACUCAGAAUGGAGGCUAUGGGAGCAGUGACAACAGCAAUGGCUUCGGUGGAGGCAGCUACGGUAGUAACGGACAGUCCAGCUUUGCUAACCAAACUGGAGCCUUCGGAGGCCAGAACAGCUUCCAGGCUCAGCAGUUUGCCCCCGGUAAGGCUGGCGCACAGAAUGGCACGAGCCACCCCCCUUUCCCCUUCCCCCAGGCACAGGCUCCACAGCAGCAUCCUCCACCGCUGGUGCCCUACCCCAUGCCUCCUCAGUUCUCUCAGUAAACACACCACACACUUGAAAGAAGUAAUUUAUUGCUUUUUUUUUUUGUCUCUUUUUAAGUUCUAUAGAUAAUCCAGAAUUUUUGUAUUUACACAGAAGGGUUACAAACAACUACAACCUCCGUCAAGCCUUUUAAGAUCUGCAGUGCAGCAAUAGUGGUGUUGCACACUCGUUUUCCUAUAACUAUUUAAUUUGUGACAUUCCUUAGUAAUGGUUAGUUAUUUUUUGUACUAGGUAAUUACAAAUGUAUUGGUUUUUCACGUGUAUCAUUGAAAGUGAUGUUAAGCUCCUACCUUGGAAGUGCACUGCAUGAUCUUUCAAAUAAAACAAAAACAAAAAAAAGA